AUGGCAAAUAAAUCAGUGUAUAUCGCGCUACCAAAAACUGAAAUCAACGUUGAUGAGAUCAUCGUGCGCAUUUUGAAUCUCGGCUCAACCGGCACCUCGUUCUCAUCGACCGUUGCUAUCUCUGAGAUAUUACGGCUUUUGGAAUUGGCGCGCCCUAUAUUCAUGACUCAAGGAGCAAUGGUGGAGAUUGAGGCACCUGUUAAAAUAUGCGGCGAUGUACAUGGACAGUAUUCAGAUGUUCUACGGCUGUUUGAUCGCGGCGGCUUCCCACCGAUCGUCAACUAUCUGUUCCUCGGCGACUAUGUCGAUCGCGGAUCUCAAAGUUUAGAAGUCGUCACAUUGUUCAUCGCCUACAAGCUCAAAUUCCCUGGAAACUUUUUCUUGCUUCGCGGCAAUCAUGAAUGCGGUGCGAUUAAUCGUGUAUAUGGUUUCUUGGAGGAGAUCACAAGACGAUAUGGACCCAAAAAUGGGAUGAAUCUGUGGAAUAUUUUCCAAAUGACGUUUGCUUGUAUGCCGUACACUUCGCUGGUUUCGGGACGUAUUUUGUGUAUGCAUGGUGGUAUUAGUAAACGAAUGAAAUCAUUGGAGCAGCUUCGUAAAUUGCCGAGACCUGUUCUGGAUAUUCCAAAUCCAAGCAUUGAAAUUGACAUUUUAUGGUCGGACCCUGACGAAUGCGUGAAUGGGUUCGAGGACAACACGCGCGGUGUUGGCCAAGUGUUCGGCGUGGAUGCUCUUCGCGAAGUGAUGACUCGUCUCGACGUCGAUCUGAUUGCUCGCGCUCACCAAGUGGUGCAGGACGGCUACGAGUUUUUCGCCAACAAGAAGCUCGUCACCAUUUUCUCGGCACCCCAUUAUUGCGGAUCAUUCAACAAUGCAGCAGCGAUGAUGAACGUUGAUAAGAAUUUGACGUGCUCAUUCCAAAUAAUGAGACCGAUUUCGAAAUCAAUGAAGAAUCCAUGA